AGUGGUGGUCACAUCAGAUACUGACUGCUUUUUCUGAUCCAUGCUCCUACCUUUUUUUUUUAAGGUAUCUGUGAUCAAAAGAUGCAUAUCUGUAUUCCCAGUCAUGUGAAAUCCAAAAUCCAUAUAAUCCAUAUAUAUAUUUGACUGAUUUCCUUAUAUGAACUGUAACUCAGUAAAAUCUUUGAAAUUGGUGCAUGUUGGGUUUAUAUUUUCGUUCAGUACAGAUUAUCCAUAGCUGUCUAAUUUUGAUCUACUUUUUCUAUCUCUAUGUUUAUUUGAGGUGUAUUCUUACUGUGGAAGGCAUCUCAACAACAUCACAGAUGUGUCUGUGGUUUAUUGCGAUCAUCACUUUUCUGUUGAAAGGUGCACUCUGCCAAGAGUGGAGUCUGUGGAUGCCCCAAAGCAUUGUGGCUGUUGGAGGAUCCUGCCUACUGGUCCCAUGUAGAUUUGAGAUCCCUGCUGCAUUUGAUGCUGACUUGAAAAACGGCACACCCACUUGGCUUUGGUCUAAAGAAAUUUGGGGGGGAAAUAUAGUAUUGAGCUCAGCCCAAACGGAUGCCCAAAACAUCAUAAAGGGAGUGAUGGUGGGAAAUCUGUUGAGCAAGAACUGCACCACUCUUUUCAACAGUUUCCCUGCAGGAUAUGAUGACACAUAUAUCUUCAGGCUGGAAUGUGCUGGAACAAAUCGCCUCAAGUAUAUUUUCUACCCAGGAGUACAUAUCAGUCGUACAGACACCCCACCCAAACCCCAACUAACCCCUAUGGGCAGCAUCACAGAGGGGGAGCUGGUUAGACUGAGCUGCUCUGCCUCUGCCCCCUGUCCUACGUUCCCGCCCUCUCUGAUCUGGACCUCUGGGCUGGGUGGCAGUGUCGAGAGCCAGCUACAGGAGGGUAUAGAUGGGCUCAUGACCAUGACCUCCACCCUUACCUUUACCGCCUCCCUCCUCCAUCACGGGCUGCUGGUCAGAUGUUCUGCCCGCUACACACUGCAGCCAGGGGGCACCACCAAGACAACUCAGGGGAACCUGACCCUCAAUGUUCUUUAUGCUCCUAAAAACACUGUAGCCCUGUCCAGCCCAUCUGGGCCUGUGCCCGACGGGAGGGCAGUGACCCUGACCUGUCAGAGUGAUGCCAACCCACCAGUGGAGCGCUACUCCUGGUACAAAGACAUCAGUGGGCAGGUGACCUGGAAGGCUAAUGGGCAGACACUGGUCCUCCUGGUCAGCAAGGCAGACAGCGGGCUGUACCUCUGUGAGGCCCACAACGAGAAGGGAUCACAAAGGUCAAAGGUCAUGCCUCUGGAGUUCGAAAGUGGCCAAUGUUCCGUGAUGGUCCCCUACAUCAUUUGUGGAGUGAUGGUGUCGCUCUAUGUUCUAACCGUCACCGUGGAUGUGUAUAAAUAUAAAAGUCUGUCCAGAAGACUGAAACUGCAGCUAGAGCUGUCAGAGAAAGGAGACGCCACGUACACUAACCUAACGAUCGCCAGCAUCAGCUCUGACUAUGACCAACUCCAGAUGACCAGGGCUGCCCGAGGUGAAGUUCACUCUGGCAGAAGAAGUGAAAGAGCUGCUCCUUGAAACCACAUGGCAAAACAGAUCCAGAUUGGACCUUUGCAUUUUAACUUUGUUGUAUGGAAAAUGUUCAUCUUGUUAUUUUUCUUCAGAUCGUACUGUAUAUUUCUAUCGCAAAAUACAUAUUAUAUAUUUGAAUCUGAUGCCUCGAUUUUAUAUACCUGUCAGCAGCGGGUGUGGGUGAAAAAGCAGAAUCCACUCAUUUGAAGGGGUGUCCAUAUACUUCUGACCAUGUAGUGUAGUACUAAAUUGUAGUUUAAUCUUUUUGGUUUGUGGUUCAGCAUCAUCAAUGUAUUUCUGUCUUCUUCUCUGUAGAUUUUGUUGAACCAUGCAGGGGGUUGUGGGUUGUGUCAGUCAGGAUUAUAAUGGCCAUAAUCAGUCGAAUAAAUCUCUUAAUGUUA